AAUAGUCUCAGACCUGAAUAUGGAUUCUGAUUGAAGGAGUGUUUCAGCUUGAAAUUGGCGAUGGCUUCUCACCGAGCACAACUAAGAAGACAGAGUUCACAGUCAAGCAGUAAUUCCAGCUCCAGUCGCCUGUGCAGGAGACAUCCAAACACGUGCUGUUUCUGCUGGUGCUGCUGCUGUUCCUGCCUAACUGUCAGAAAUGAAGAUAAACAUGAUUGCAACAGAACACCAUCUCUAAUUUCCCAAAUGGAAAGUCUUCAGAACAAAGAAGAAAGUGGGAUUCUGAGCCUGGAAGAGGUCACUGCUUGGUCCCAGUCAUUUGAACAGCUCCUGAAGAAUUCAGCUGGAAGGAACAUUUUAAUGGAAUUCUUACAAAGUGAACACAGUGAUGAAAACAUUCUCUUCUGGCUUGCUUGUGAGAAACUUAAGCAGGAAGAUGACAAAGCUAUCAUUGCAGAAAUGGCAAAAUCAAUUUACUUAGACUAUAUCUCAAUACUGUCUCCAAAGGAGGUCAGCAUCGAUGCGAGUGUACGAGAGACAAUCAACAAAAACAUGGUGAUGCCAACAGCAGACAUGUUUAACGAAGCACAAAUGCAGAUAUAUGCACUGAUGCACAGGGACUCCUACCCAAGAUUCUUGAAUUCACCAAUGUAUAAAUCACUUUUACAAAACGCAACUGCCUCAGGCAAUGCCCUGGAUUCUAAACUGUAACAGUCAUUCCAGUAUUGUGCGCAAGACCAAAAACCGAGGCGAUAUGAAGAUUGAUGAAAAUACAAACUCUCAGGCCUCCUAUGGCAAUCCUUCUCACACUUCUUGAAGCAAAAUGGGGCCAUCAAUUUCUCAUCAAAAUGACCACCACUUGCCUUACUGAUAUAAUGUGGACAAAAUGCUGUAUCCUAUGAAGUAUCCAAAACCUUCCAUAACUUCUAAGUCUCCAAAUACCAGAGGAUUGGAAGGCUUCA